AUGGCCUGCACUACACCACUCAGAGCUGCCAUCCCAUUGCUCUGCGAGACUUGUCGGAAAUAUGCCAUCAUGUCCUACUGCUUCGUAGUCUUCACUUGCUAUUUCUUGGUGUUGGUUCACAGCACAAAGCUCAUCGUAGAAGUGUAUAGCCUUAAUGACGUGUCCAAAGCAGCCAGUUAUUUGCAGCAAAGACAGAUACCAUGCCUGGACUCUUCGAUGGAGGUAGCAGUCCAUCGUCGAUACACAAACACCAUCUUUCCAGGGCUAGCGAUCGACGUUUCUAGCGGACAUCACCAAACGGUAGAUACGCUCAAGGAGUGCAUCAGCGCUCUGCCUCAAGUUGUCAAUGUCUGGCAGUCUCACACCUACAAGCUCUCUUCAUCGAGACAUGCCCCACGGUCGACAUCGCCGCAGAAGCUCAACCCAGGCAUCUUCCAUGAGCUCACGGGAGUUGACAAACUCCACGAACAAGGCAUCAAAGGUCAAGGCGUCGUCAUCGGCAUCAUCGACGAGGGCGUGGACUACCUUCACCCAGCCUUCGGCAGAGGCCUCGGCGAGAACUUCACUGUCCAGUACGGUCUUGAUUUGGCGGGAGAUGCUUAUGCUGCUGGAAUUGAUCCAGUUCCUGACCCUGAUCCAUACGCGGAGUGCAGCUUUCACGGCACCCACGUUACUGGCAUUGCAACAGGGGCACAGGAGGAUAUUGGCUAUGUUGGUGUCGCUCCAGAAGCCAAAGUCGAGCAUUACCGUAUCACGGGCUGUGACGAUAGCGCUCCGCUCCGGGCUGAUGUAAUUGUCGAUGCAAUCCUGGCGGCACAUAGACGAGAGGUCGAUGUGAUGUCCAUAUCUCUUGACCAGAGGACCGGACCCUUUGACGACGACGUGGUGUCUGCUGUGCUCGAGCGGAUCGCAAAGGAAGACAAGAUUGUGGUUGUGGUCUCUGCUGGUAACGAAGGCUGGCAAGGGCCUUUCUCUGCGACAUCGCCAGCUUCGGCAAAGGGUGUGAUCUCCGUGGGCGCGGUGAAUGCGAAGCAAGUAGUGUAUAGCACACCUCGAGCAAGGUAUCGAGUGCUUGGCGGGAAGCAAUGGCAUGACUUUGCCUGGUCGACAGCUACACCUAGCAGAUUUCCGGCAUCGUUGGAGUUGCAUGCUCUGACCCUCAACACAAACGUGGAGGAUGAUGCUUGCAAUGAGCUCAAGGGGGACCUCGAUCUUUCCGGACGGCUUGUGCUAGUCCGACGAGGAACCUGUAACUUUGACAAGAAGAUGAUGCACCUCGCCGCCCGAGGCGCAGAGUAUGUCUUACUCUACGAUAACGAGGCCGAUGAGACUUUGCCGUUCAGAUACGACAACAACUUCCCGGGUAUCAAGGGCGCAGGAAGUGUCACGGCCAAGACGGGCAAGCAGCUCAUCUCACUGCGAGCAGCCGGGAGCCAUAUCGAGAUGGCCAUGGACUCAAAUUUCACCCUCGAGCCCUACCUCGAGCUGGACGAGGCUGACGAUACUGCCGGAUACGUCUCCAGUCAUGGCUCCUGGGGUCCAAGCGGUGAUCUUUCUCUCGAGCCUUCGCUUGUAGCGCCAGGAUGGGACAUAUGGUCAACCGUGCCACGAAGCUGGGGCGGUUACGACACAUUCUCAGGCACAUCGAUGGCAGCACCAUAUGCUGCCGGAUGCAUUGCGCUGUUGCGACAGGUGUUCCCAGACGUUGGUGCUGAGGUGCUGGCCAGGCGCCUGAGCAGCACAGCCAAGCCGAUGAGGUUUAAUGAUGGCACCAACAAGACGUACGACUUCCUGGCACCUGCUUGGCAGCAAGGGGGCGGACUUGUGAAUUUGCCCGCUGCGACGAAUGUCCAGACCGAUGUGUCCCUGGCCAGUCUUUCGUUCAACGAUACACAUUGCUUGCCAGGCAUCUUGACGUUCGAGCUGACAAAUUGUGGCGAUGGUCCAGCUUCAUACAGCCUCAGGCCACAAUCUGCCGUGACGCUCGCAAUCUUCGCAAACUCCAGCCACAAGACCAUCACAAGCUGGACGAACAAGAAUACUUCUUCAAUCGCAGACCAGGAAUUCCUAGACUCCCUGCUUCCACAAGGACAGUACGCAGACAUCUUGUUGUCUCCAACAAACCUGAUCUUGGCCGCUGGUGAGACCUCUGUGAUCGAAGUUGCGGCAACACUUGACAAGCUCAAAGAUCUGGAAGCCAGGUGUCCGCUCUAUAGUGGUUUCGUCGAGGUGACCAGCAACCGUAGCGAAACCUUGACGAUCCCAUACGGCGGUAUCGCUUGCCGAAUGGCUGAUAUAGCAUCCCUCCCUCCAGGGUCAAAGGAUACAUUUCUCAGCGCAGCAACCUUCCAACAGGUCGAAGAAGGCGGCAACUACGGCCCACAGGCCAUCGACGCCAACAGGACCUUCACACUGCCGCAUCCUACCGCUCCCGUGCCAGAGUUGAACUCAACGAUGGAGUAUCCCACCGUCAUUCUCAAGCUCGGCAUGUAUAGUCCUGCGGUCCAGACCGGGCUUGUGGGGAUGGGAUGUACACCAGCGACAUGUCCGAUAGCUUCGUAUCCAGAGAGGGAGAAUACUGGUCGCGCUGGUGGAUACAGCAGAGUCACCACCAGCCAUCUUCUAUGGCGAGGCCAGUUGGCGAACGGGACCUGGGCGCAUGAGGGAUGCUGUGCUUUCGAGGUUUGUGCUGCGAGAAUGUGGCAUGCUGGGCAGGACUGCCUCACUACUUCGAGCUUUUGCUUCUAUUAUGCAGAGAGUGGGUAA